AUUUGUUUUGGUUUGUUUAAUUUUAUCGAGGGAGUACGUAUGGUUGAAUUGCAUUGAUUUCGCAGGAACCCAGCUGAGUGGAAAACCUCCAAAAACGUCAACCACCGUACCUUACUCCAACUCCUCCGCUUUCUUUCCCUGCAAAUUUUCUCUCUCCUCGCUUUUCUAUCGUCCAAAAUUUCAAUCAAUUCCAUCACAAUUUCAAGAUCACCUUAAUCAAAUCACUUUUCAUUCAAUUCUCCCUAUUUCUACACUUGGGUCAAUCUCCAAUUUUUCUGGGUAUCAUCAAUUUCUCCUCUUCACUCCUAAUCUCAUCACUCUUUCCUUCCCAAAAAAAAGAAAUUUCAACCAAUUUCAAUCUUUUUUCUUUGUGGGUUCGUUGAUUUUGAGAAAUUUAAGUCAAAUUUCGAACUGGGUAUUGGAAAAUUUUGGAUUUUUCUUGUUAAUUUGGUGUUUUUAGGGUUGAUUGAGGAAUUGAAAGAGGGCAAGAAGAAGAUGGAUACGAGCAGAAGAGCAGUGGAAUCAUACUGGAGGUCUCGGAUGAUCGAUGCUGCUACCUCUGAUGAAGAUAAGGUCACACCAGUUUACAAAUUGGAAGAGAUUUGUGAGCUGCUAAGAUCUUCUCCCUCUGGUAUAGUGAAGGAAGUCUCUGAAUUUUUGUUAAAAAGGCUUGAUCACAAGAACCCUAUUGUUAAACAGAAGGCUUUAAGGCUGAUAAAAUAUUCAGUUGGGAAGUCGGGUGCAGAAUUCAGGAGAGAAAUGCAAAGGCAUUCCGUGGCUGUGAAACAGCUACUUCAUUAUAAGGGGAAACCUGAUCCUCUGAAAGGGGAUGCUUUGAACAAAGCUGUGAGGGAAACAGCUCAAGAUGCUCUUUCGGCCAUAUUUUCGACAGAUGACAACAAACCGGCUGCUGCGAGUGAGGUAACCCAUAAGAGAAUGGAAGGUUUUGGGAAUACGAAUUAUGUGAUGCCACCAGAAGAGAAGAAGUCAUUUAUUAGUGAGGUGGUUGGUAUUGGAAGUGCUUCGUUGAAGCAAGGACUGAGUACCUUGGCUCAGGCGCAUUCUCAGUCAUUCAAAAAGAAUGAUACUGGCAGUUAUAGGGGUCCAACACUGAAUAGAUCAUUGACCGUAGAAUCGGACCACUCAGACAGGUAUGAUAAAAUGAGCUAUCAUGGUGGUGGUCAGAGUAGUUCGUCUAUUUCAAGGAAUGCGACGUCUGGACCUUGGGGACAAGAUUCAAGGACUGUUGCCUCAGAAGCGACCAAUGUGGAUUCUAAUUCAAGUUAUGGUGAGAGUAAGACACGGGAAGAGAGGUUUCUAGAGACAAUUGUGACAUCUGGUGGUGUGCGGCUGCAGCCUACACGUGAUGUUUUGCAAGCUUUCUUGGUAGAGGCCUCUAAGAUGGAUGCAUUGGCUUUAAGUCGAGCACUUGAAUCGAAACUUCAGUCUCCUAAUUGGCAGGUUCGAAUGAAAGCAGUUUGUGUCGUUGAAGCAAUUUUGAGAAAAAAAGAUGAUGAGCAUUUUGCUAUUAUUGCCUAUUACUUUACUGAACACGUAGAUCUAGUAAUCAAAUGUUCCGAGUCCCCUCAAUCUUCAUUGAGAGAGAAGGCAAACAGAGUCUUAAGUCUCAUUGGUGGAGAGCAGACUGGAAACUCUUCAGAAAAGCCUACAAAAGUCGAGAGAACAGUGGUUGAGAUGCCUGACCUGAUAGAUACGGGGUAUGGUGAUUUGCUUGGAGAAGAACCCAAGGAGAGCCAAAAUGAGCAAUUUGUUGCAAGCAAGCCAUUGUCAUCCUCUCUCUUAAUUGAUGAUUUAUUUGGGGAUAGUACAGGCAACGAUUUGAGUAAGAGUGAUCUAAGAACUGACGAUGAUCCAUUUGCUGAUGUCUCUUUUCAUACGGGUGAGGACAAAGACCAGGGAAGCGACCUCUUUGCUGGGAUGACUGUUGGAGAAACUUCUAGUACUGUUGAAGCACCAAGGAAUGGUGGUCCUGAUCUUUUUGAUAUAUUUGGGUCCUCAGAACCUCUGCAGGUGCAAGGAAGUCACACAGACAACGUUAACAACCUAAUGGCGGGAUUAUCCAUUAGUGGAAAUGGCUCAGUGACAAAUGAGAAAACAAUCUAUUCCACAGCAUUUGCUGAAUCAACAUAUCCCGGUUCAAAUUUGAAUCCUGCUUCCCAAGGGCUAAAUGAUUCACUUAGCAGUGGGUUUGAUCCCCUGAAAGCUACCGCUAAUGCAAAUACCCUUCCUAUGGGAUCUAUCCCAUACAAUAUGCCUCCUGGAAUGUUAUAUAAUCAGUUCUAUCCUGCAGCUCAAGUUAAUUAUGGUGCCAUGGGUGGGUUCCUUGCUCAGCAGCAGUUUAUGGCAGCUAUGGCCAACUUGCAGUCUAUAGGCAACAUGAAUCCCAAUAAUCUUGCUGGUGGUAAUUUGGCUGGAACAUUGGGAGGAGAUGCUUCCGCUCUUCCUGAUAUAUUCAACGCAAACAUGCCUGCUCAAGCAUCUACUGUCACAAUGAAUGCUCCGAAAGAAGAGACAAAAGCAUUUGAUUUCAUCACAGAUCAUUUGACACAAGCGCGUGAUCCUAAGAGGGUAGUGUAGUUUGCUGAUUCAAAGGGAAGACUACUGGAUUCAUUCAGACAAAACAAUGUUGGAAUCCAGAUAAAUUUUUUUCGUGAUAAACUAGCAGUGAGAUGAACUUGAUAAUGUCAAGAAUUUACUGUGACGUGUUGUAGAAGUCAUAAGAGCAAGACAAUCUUAAAAGCGCGGGAUAGAAGGAUCCCUUGUCUUUGUGCAGAAUUUGUAAGUUUAGAAAGGAUGAGGGUGUGUUGUGCAGUUAGCUAUAUUCACUGUUCGAACUUUUUUGAUGCUAGCUUCAGUUUAUAAUACUUGUGUAUUUUUUCAAAGAAAAAUUCAUGUAGAUCUUCCAAUAAUUAUACUGCCUUUUUUUAUUUGGAGUUUGAAAUACCAGUACAGGAUUUCUUGCUUAA